AUGUCUCCAUCGCAGGGAAUUUCGUUUGCUCGGCUUAGCGAGCAAACAGCUCUUAUCGCUGAGAACAGUACUCUCUGCUCUUCAGACGUCGAGCGACUGCUAAUGAGGCUGCAAGCGGCAGUGAUAGAAGCUAACCGAUUCGAUAUAGCAAUUUCUGUUUCUUCGGGCCGCAAACUGCUCUCGUCAAGUCGCCCUCGGACUUCGAACUCAAUGCGCGUGCUCGGAAACGGUGCAAUGAGCACCGUCUUCCGAGCAAUAGACAGGCGCACAGGAGAGCCUGUCGCCUAUCAAGGUGUGCAAGAAGCCCGAGGACGACGACAAGUUGGCAAUGCUCGAAAUGGAGUCAUGAUCCAUGCGGAGCUAAGACACCCGAACGUACUCGGGCUACUCGGCAACUUCGAGCGAGACGACGCCGUGAUUCUAGUGCUCGAGUACGCUUCGAUAAUACAGCAGACGGCGAGCGCCCUCGAGUAUUGCCACAGCAAGAGAAUUUGUCCACCGGGAUGUGAAGCCGGAGAACAUCCUGGUCACAGGCAAUGGAGUUGUGAAGCUAGCCUGACUUCGGCAUCAGCGACGUCGUCUUUCCCGGCACGUCGACAUGUGGUCCCUAGGAGUGAUAUGUAUGAGCUCCUAGUGGGGAGACUCCCAUUCGAACUCGUCGAUGCGACAACGUUUGUGGAGUCGGUCGCAUCCGGCCACUAUAUGCUCCCAUCGGAGCUAUCUAUCGAGGCGAUGGUGUUGAUUCGCCGUUUGCUGGUUGUGGACCCUGAAGCACGGUUCACAGCACAGCAGGUUCUAGCUGAUCCGUGGAUGGCCACGAAUGCGAACGUCCUUCCCCGAGGAUUCAACCCCUUCGGGUCCGACAUUGAAGACACGGCCACCACGUCAGCCAGCGAGGAUAGCCCCGAUGACAGCCAUGAAGACUUUGCGAAUAAACAGAGAGCCGAAGCUGACAAUAAAAAGAAAAGAUAG